AUGAAGCAUCAGAUGAAAAUUGAUAAAUUUUACCCAUUCAAAGCAUCAAAAUCAUUGAAAUUUGAGAAUAAUGAUUACUAUGGUAAUAGCAAUAUAAAGAUUGAAAUGGAAACUCCAAAGAAGAGGUCUAAUACAAGUCUUCAAAUACCUUCUCCUUCUAAGACACCAAAACUAGAAGAAUCAGAUAUAAUUAAUUUAAGCAGUGAUGAAGAAGAAAGUCCAUUAUCAGAUGCUACUGUUCCUUAUACUCCAGAAGCACAAUCACCUAUAACGCCUAGCUCUUCAGAAGGCUUUUUAAACACAAGAACAUUUAAUAUUAAAAAGGACCCUUACCAAGAUACUACUCAAUACACAGGACACAUUGAAAGUCUAGAUGACCAAGCUAAAUCACCCACAAGCACUUCUCGAACAACAAAAAAAUAUUUCUCACCAAAUAAAAAACGAAUUAUUACUAUUAGAUCACCUGGAAAAGCUCGGAAAAAUUUGAACAAAAUCAUUUCUGAAACUAAUGAUAAUGAUCUAAUAGAAGCUUGUAGUAGUUAUGAUGAUAAAACAAUAUUUGUCAUUAAAAUAAUCCACCAAUGUUUGAACAACCAAGAUUUAAGGUCAUUAUUGGAUGAAAAUUCGCAAAAGUUACUUCAAAACUGCAUGAGUGUUCUUAAGCCAGGAUUACAUUUAGUAUGUAAACUUUAUUGGAGAAAAGAAGCUUGGUAUAGGCCAGGGAAAAUUGAGGAUGUUUUUAACAAAGGCAACUACUCAUGUAACUUGAAACAAAUAUUGGACAAUUUAAUCCAAAAUGGAUUACUUCAGACAAAUGAUGCUAAUCUUACAGGUGCAAAUGCAUUGAAUUUAGAUUUUUACAUUGAUACAUUAAAAGUGAAUGAAGUAAAAGCAAUAUGUAAGGAAUUCAAUAUAAAAUUUAAAAACAAGGAAGCGGCCAAACUUUCAUUGGAAAAGUUUUGUAAUCAAAAAAGUAUUGGUCAUUAUUUUGCUUCAACAUCACAACCUAAUAAUCAAAGAGUUUUGGAAUCACUUCGCCUAAAGUGUGGUCAAUGCUUCAAGCUAACAGAACAUAGUCGCAGGACACUUGACGAAUUAUAUAUUUUAAUGUAUUUGGGGAUUGACUGGAGUAUUUUAAGAGAAAAGAAUGUAGAACUGAUGCUCUUUAACAUUAAAAGCAAAAGUGAAACGUAUCCUGCUCAAGAUAUAAACUUGAUUGAUAAUGCUAGUAUUGUUUUUAAGAAUAGGCGUGAGUUCCAAAGCUAUAUCAAAGCAAGCGAUAUUUAUGAGGAAUUUCUGAAUACAAGUGAUACUUUAAUUCGCCGUAGCAUUAUUGAAAAGGUGUAUAAACAAUAUUUGGAAAUAAAGACUGAAGAAAUGACGAGGUAA